AUGCUGCAUCAGAGCUCUGAUGGUGUGCACUUGUCGUCACUGGAUUGCGGAGACUAUGCCACGCUACAGUUGGAGAGCGAUCCGAAUCUGCUGACGGGGUCCUCCAGAGUGUUCUGGCUACAAGGCGGCCGCUACCUACUUAUCUGUGACCGUGUCUUUAACAAAGAGGAUGAUUUAGGAGCACCAGUCGUGUUACGUAUUGACGAAGCGCAACGGACGGCUCAGGACGUUAGCGACUCGUGGCCCUUAUCCAUCGAUAUCAUUGCGUGCUUCUAUGAAUCCGUUAUCGUAGCGCGCGAUUGCGUCGCACGCAUCGCAGAGCCGCACGCAGUGCAUGGCACGCAUGGCGCAUGCAGCGCACUGCGUGCUUUCGUGACGUCACGUUGGCAGGCACCAGGAAAGAUCACGCACGCCGACGCAUCGCCUGCGGGCGUGGCAGAGGCCGUGCUGGCGCUUACCUGUGUGAUCGAGACUGCUACUUGUCCACUGCUCAUUGUGUUGGAUGCUGCCUCACUUACGGAGCGUUGUCGAUGUGAUCUCUUUGAUCGUAGUGAGGUGACAGCUCUCGCUACAAUUGCGUCAGAUCGGCGCCUGCAGGGUGUCGCUGUGGCGUCUUCUGAUGGCGCUCUUUACAUUUUCGACUACGACGAGCAGACGGCGGCUGUGAAACGUCGACUCCGUAUUAUGCCGCACGUGGCAACCGGCGACUUGGACGCUGCGGCGGUGGAGUCUGUGUACAGCGUUCGCGAGGGUAGCGCUCUGCUGGUUUCGCUUCGUAGCGGCUGGCUUGUCCAGCUCGACCGCUUUACGGGGCAUCUCUAUGCCAAAUGGCACCUUAGCCACCAGCCCCUGAAACUCUAUCGCAUUUGUGGAGGUCAGCCCGCGCAUCCAGAAGAUAUUCUCGUUGUAGGACACGAGCUAUGGAGGGUGUUCUGGGAUGCACAUGCGGCCCUCGGCCGCCGGGCGAUGCGAGUUCGGCGCGUGAUUUUCGAUCCUUUAGCUGCCUGGGGUGUCCCAAGCGCGAUUCUACCGAGCCAUCGUCAGUACACUGGGGAAUCGCUUCUCGAAUAUGGUACGUGCAGUGACCAUUUGGUCUCAUGGAUGGGCGAGUCUUUUGUUGUGAGCGGUGAUGGGCGGUUGCAAGUCGUGCGUUGGCAUUUUUACCAUACCACUGAAGAACCGUGGCGCCUAGCGUGUCUUGAUGAGCUAUCUGCACCCCUGCGCCAAAAUGAUGCUAAUUCGGAGGACGCAUCUUCAUGGUUCUCGUUCUGGUGGUGGUGGUGGCGUUGGCGGCGUCAGCAGCAGCGGCAGCGUCUCCUGCACCUUCGUUCGUAUGGUCCAUUACCGUGCAAAUUGCCGGAAAAUCCCGCGGCACAGGAGCACCGCGUUGCGCAGCGAUACGCUUCCAGGAAUCCGCCCUGCAUCGCUGGCAGCUUUGACCUGCCUUCAGCGAGUAGGCCUUUACAAGAGCAGCAACAGAUGGAGGAGCCGCCAUCUACACCAGCAGAACUGGACAUACUCGCAAUGACACCGAUUCCAUCAUGCGAGAUAUGCAUGCGAGGGGAUACGCGGAUGUACCUAGGUGUAGACGCGUCAAGUACGCUUGCAGUGUAUGCGCCUGCUGCUGCUGCUGCUGCGGCGGCGGCGGCGGCGGAGGGACAGCUACCGUUCCUGGUGGAUCCAGCCUGGACCGGUGUGUGUUUAGAACGAGACGGUCCGCACCGCUGGGCUGAUAUCACGGUGCGUUUGCUUGAAUGUGACCAUGCGCAAACGGAAGCCAGAGACAAAUCUGGCUCGACAUCGCUCCUUCAGGUCGUAGUCACACUCGGUGGCGACACCCUGUACCAGGUCGGACUAGUGCAGUACCAUGCUGCGGAGACGGCCUCGGCGACAUGCCGAUUUGUGUUGCGCUCGUUAGGAGUUAUCCAAACGGGCAUAGAGGAAGUCCGCAGAGUCAGGUUCCUGCCAAAUAGGAUGUUGCUCGUUGCGAACGACGCCCAGGUCGCAUUCCUCGAAGAGGUGCCUUGUGCUCAGCAGCAGCGAAGAUAUCGACCCGGAUCAGAGAUUCCUGAUGAACUCGAACUGCAUUCAAGGGCUCUCGAUGGAGCGGCAGGCGUACGUGAUACCACCAUCGUUGAUGAAUUAUGUCGCUGGAGGCACGAUGGACUCACACUCGAAUUGGGCGGUGCAGUUGCCUCUGUACAAGUCGCGUCUGCUCCACUGCCAUUCGCAGAAGGCGACGCGAGUCAGCGGACAAGGAUGGCUCGAUGCUUUCCGCAGUGCAGUGUCUUCCUGACGACGGACAGUGGUGCGAUCUGUCAAAUCGUAGACUGGGCGGCGAUAUGCCCAGAGUCUUCAGGAGGUGUCGCGGAUCGCAGCAAUGAAGUUUGGUCCGCACUUAACCAGCUGCAGCAGGAGCUUUGCGAGCGAUGGCCGUUCGUUGUGAAUGUACAGGCGCGCUCGCGAGCCUCCCCAGAAAGGAAUGCGGAGGUGAGCGCAAGCGCCCCGGCGUCUUCGGACGAUCGACUUUUACUCUGGGACAUCCUCCAGUACUGGUGGGUGUUACUUCCGGGACCAUAUGCUUUCGACUCUUUGCGAGCUGAGCAUGUCGGUGCUCUUCUGAAACUCGAACUCGAGCUUGAUUUAUCGAACUGA